CGCAGACGUGGGUGGAGCGCACGGGGGUCUCCAGCGAGGAGAGCCUGGAAGGAAGGUAGUAGUAGUGAGAAGUGUGUGUGUGUGAGAGAUAGUGUGUGUGUGUGUGUGUGUGUGCAGGAGGGAGGGAUGUGACAGCAUGGUCUGGGUGUGAGGACGUCAGUGGAAGACGCGGCGGCAGCCUCCACAUGUCCACCUAGAAAGACGCACUUGGAGGGGUCUUUCUUUUUGUUGUUGUUUGUUUUUUUUUAGUUUUUUUAUAUAUAUAUAUAUAUAUAUAUAUGAUUUGUCAGUUUGUGAGUGGUCUUGGGAGAAGGCUCCUGGCUGGACCGCAUGCAUGACACAACGCAAAGGCGAGAAACCCACCAUCAGCAUCCAGGAGCACAUGGCCAUUGACGUGUGCCCGGGACCCAUCCAGCCCAUCAAGCAGAUCUCGGACUACUUCCCACGGUACCCCCGGGGCCUGCCGCCCUCCGGGCCCCCGCGCUCCGCUCCACCCGCCGCCGCCGCAGCCGCCGCCGCUACUACUACCGUAGCCUCGGAAAGUGAGCGCCCGGAUGAAGAGAGCCCGGACCGGGCGUUCGCCGCGGGAGCGUCGGCCUCCUCGCCGGCGGCCGCCAGGAGGGACGAGGAGCCCGACGUGGAGGGAUACGACUCGGACGACUCCACGACACUGGGAACACUGGACUUCAGUUUGCUGUAUGACCAGGAGAACAAUGCACUGCACUGCACCAUCAACAAAGCCAAGGGGCUCAAGCCAAUGGACUACAAUGGGCUGUCAGACCCCUAUGUCAAGCUGCAUCUACUGCCCGGCGCCAGUAAGGCCAAUAAACUUCGAACCAAGACCCUGCACAACACGCUCAACCCCGUCUGGAGCGAGACCCUGACCUACUACGGCAUCACCGACGAGGAUAUGGUCCGAAAAACACUCAGGAUUUCGGUGUGCGACGAAGACAAGUUCCGGCACAACGAGUUCAUCGGUGAGACGCGAAUCCCCCUGAAGAAGCUGAAGCCCAACCAGACCAAGAACUUCAACAACUGCCUGGAGAAACAGUUACCUGUUAACAAGACAGAGGACAAGUCGCUGGAGGAGCGAGGACGCAUCAUGAUUUCCCUCAAGUACAACACCCAGAAGUCCUGCCUGGUGGUGGGCAUCAUUCGCUGCGCUCACCUGGCCGCCAUGGACGCCAAUGGCUUCUCCGACCCCUACGUUAAAACGUACCUGAAGCCUGACGAGAACAAAAAGUCAAAGCACAAGACGGCUGUGAAGAAGAAGACGCUCAAUCCAGAGUUCAAUGAGGAGUUCUCCUACGACAUCAAGUAUGCAGACCUCACCAAGAAGACUCUGGAGGUGACGGUGUGGGAUUACGACCUCGGGAAGUCCAACGAUUUCAUCGGUGGUGUGUCUCUGGGCAUCAACGCCAACGGAGAGAGGCUGAAACACUGGUUCGACUGCCUCAAGAACAAGGACAAGAAAAUCGAGCGCUGGCACACGCUGACCAACGAGUUACCCGGUUCACUAAAUGACUGAGACCGGAGACCGGAGCCCGACCCGAUUGGACGCCUGCAUCCAUUCCAUCCAUCGCGUCCUGCUCGCCCCUCUCCUCAAGUACACUGACCUUCUCUCUCUCUACAGGGCUCAAGUGAAAGGAACUUUAUUACAGCAUGGCUUGGGAGUUCAUCGCUAUAGCAACGACUCGUGAAGGCGGUUCCGGUGAAGGAUGUAGCCAUGGGGAAUAUGCAUGUAUGCUAAUAUCGCAAAGAGUUCAAUGUUUAUUUUCUUGUCUUGCACUCGACGGAGGAUUGUAGAACUUUCCGGUCUCUUUCUUAUAGUACUCGCCUCGGUUUACGGUCAGGACGGUUUUUCCGGAGUAGUAAGGAACACCCCGCGGCGAUGGCGUCUUAACGCAGAACAAAACAUGCUCACAAACGGCGCGUAGCGUGUGUUAGGAUCGAUUUUAUCCGACAAGAUGGAGACUAUGCUACUGUGUUGUUAGCAUGCAGGUUUUGUCGAGUAUCCAUCAUGUUGCCACCGACCAAUGAGCAACAAGCAGUGGCACCAGAAAAAGAAAAAAGGUACCAAGUGUAGUACCUGCUUCCGCCAGUGGAAAAUGUGUCGUAACAAAAACGUUUUGGUACACUAUUGGUCACUUCAUUAGGUACACUUACGCAAUCUAAUAGUGUAUCGGACAAAAUCCCGACUGGGACCACGCCGUUUUGUGUGUCUUCAGGUUUAAUGCUAACGAGCCGUGUUCGUCCACACGUGUUUCCAACUCAGCGGGUCGCCACUUUUAACUUAUAAACUGUAACUCCACUACGUAUUAGAUUCUAUAUAUCGCAUACAACAACGUAACGUUAAUCAAGGCGGUAGACGGGAGGACACACAUUUUUAGCAACUCUAGCUUCGCUAUGUGAGCUACAUGCUAACAUUAGAGUCACAUUUCAACAGCAACAUUAUGCCAGGUUAGCAUAAUCGCAAAAAAAUAUAAAAUCCCCCUAUUAACGAAUGAAGUCAAACGUUAGCAACUUUAGCAUAGCUAUGCGAGCUACAUGCUAACAUUACACUCACAUUUUAACAGCAACAUCAUUCCAGGUUAGUUUGAGUCUAACUGAUAGUUAGCGGGGCUUUAUUUUAAGAUGUGUAGCAAAGCCUGCUUUCCAAAACAACAUAGAAACAUUACAGUAGCUACGUGAGCUACAGUGCUAAAAUGACACUCACAUUUUAACAGCAACAUCAUUCCAGGUUAGCAUACUCGCUGAAAAAUAAAACUAAAUAAUCGAACUUACAGCACCCAAGUUUGAGUCUAAUUGAUAGUUAGCAGGGCUUUAUUUUAAGAUGUGUAGCGAAGCCUGCUUUACAAAACAAUGUAGAAACAUUACAAUAGCUACAGUGCUAACGUUACACUCACAUUUUAACGGCAACAUCAUUGUAGGUUAGCAUAUUUGCUGAAAAAUAAAACUAUAUAAUCGAAUUUACAGCACCCAAGUUUGAAUCUAAUUGAUAGUUAGCGGGGCUUUAUUUUAAGAUGUGUAGCGAAGCCUGCUUUACAAAACAAUAUAGAAACAUUACAAUAGCUAUGUGAGCUACAGUGCUAAAAUGACACUCACAUUUUAACAGCAACAUCAUUCUAGGUUAGCAUACUUGCUGAAAAAUAAGACUAAAUAAUCGAACUUACAGCACCCAAGUUUGAAUCUAAUUGAUAGUUAGCAGGGCUUUGUUUUAAGAUGUGUAGCGAAGCCUGCUUUACAAAACAAUGUAGAAACAUUACAAUAGCUACAGUGCUGACAUUACACUCACAUUUUGGCAGCAACAUCAUUCUAGGUUAGCAUAUUUGCUGAAAAAUAAAACUAUAUUAUCGAAUUUACAGCACCCAAGUUUGAAUCUAAUUGAUAGUUAGCGGGGAUUUAUUUUAAGAUGUGUAGCGAAGCCUCCUUUCCAAAACAAUAUAGAAACAUUACAAUAGCUACAGUGCUAAAAUGACACUCACAUUUUAACAGCAACAUCAUUCCAGGUUAGCAUACUUGCUGAAAAAUAAAACUAAAUAACCGAACUUACAGCACCCAAGUUUGAAUCUAAUUGAUAGUUAGCGGGGCUUUAUUUUAAGAUGUGUAGCGAAGCCUGCUUUACAAAACAAUAUAGAAACAUUACAAUAGCUACGUGAGCUAACAUUACACUCACAUUUUAACAGCAACAUUAUUCUAGGUUAGCAUAUUUGCUGAAAAAUAAAACUAUAUUAUCGAAUUUACAGCACCCAGGUUUGAAUCUAAUUGAUAGUUAGCUGGGAUUUAUUUUAAGAUGUGUAGCGAAGCCUGCUUUACAAAACAAUAUAGAAACAUUACAAUAGCUACGUGAGCUACAGUGCUAAAAUGACACUCACAUUUUAACAGCAACAUCAUUCUAGGUUAGCAUACUUGCUGAAAAAUAAAACUAAAUAAUCGAACUUACAGCACCCAAGUUUGAAUCUAAUUGAUAGUUAGCAGGGCUUUGUUUUAAGAUGUGUAGCGAAGCCUGCUUUACAAAAAAAAUUAGAAACAUUACAAUAGCUACAGUGCUAACAUUACACUCACAUUUUGGCAGCAACAUCAUUUUAGGUUAGCAUACUUGCUGAAAAAUAAAAAUAAAUAAUCGAACUUACAGCACCCAAGUUUGAAUCUAACUGAUAGUUAGCAGGGCUUUAUUUUAAGAUGUGUAGCGAAGCCUGCUUUCCAAAACAAUGUAGAAACAUUACAAUAGCUACAGUGCUAACAUUACACUCACAUUUUAACAACAACAUCAUUCUAGGUUAGCAUACUUGCUGAAAAAUAAAAAUAAAUAAUCGAACUUACAGCACCCAAGUUUGAAUCUAACUGAUAGUUAGCAGGGCUUUAUUUUAAGAUGUGUAGCGAAGCCUGCUUUACAAAACAAUAUAGAAACAUUACAAUAACUACAGUGCUAACAUUACACUCACAUUUCAAACGGCAACAUCAUUCUAGGUUAGCAUACUUGCUGAAAAAUAAAACUAAAUAAUCAAAUUUACAGCACCCAAGUUUGAAUCUAAUUGAUAGUUAGCGAGGCUUUAUUUUAAGAUGUGUAGUGAAGCCUCCUUUACAAAACCAUAUAGAAACAUUACAAUAGCUACGUGAGCUACAGUGCUAAAAUGACACUCACAUCUUAACAGCAACAUCAUUCUACGUUAGCAUACUUGCUGAAAAAUAAAAAUUAAUAAUAACUCUUACAGCACCCAAGUUUGAAUCUAACUGAUAGUUGGCAGGGCUUUGUUUUAAGAUGUGUCGCGAAGCCUGCGUUCCAAAACAACAUAGAAACAUUACAAUAGCUACGUGAGCUAACAUUGCACUCACAUUUUAAACGGUGACAUCACGCUAGGUUACCAUAACCAUCAAACAUACUGCACCCAUUUUGCCAAUGUUUUAUUAUGUGUAGUGAAGCCUGCGUGUCCACCAGAAAUGAACAUGCAUGUGUACCUAAUGAAGUGCCUAACUGUGUCAUUGAGGUCCUUUACCUUGUUUGGAAGUGAAAGUAGAGAAAACUGGAA